CAGCGAUAGAGCUUUGAGCUACUUAUCUACUCACAAUGGCUCCUUGGGAGGACUUUGAUGUCAUAUUCCAUUUCAACAAAAAUUUCACAUAUGAUGGCAAGGUCAUUGCUCAGAUUAUUAAAAAUCGUGGUGCGCUAGAAAAUCAGCUCUUCGCCGACAGGCUGUUAGAGCUACUCGGUGUUCAAGCAGUAACCAAUAUAUAUCCACCUGUCUCAAAUUCGGAUCUCCGGGCCCUGAUUCGCCAUAUUGUCUCUUCCGAGCUAGAUAGCCACCAAAAGCAAAGCUUGAUCUACUAUAUCUUGAAGGACUGUCGAGCUCCAAGUGAUGCAGCCGCACAAUUUGCGCGGAAAUGCCAUCUGCCCGAAAAAUAUAGGCUAUUCAUAGAGGGGCUUUGGCACCUUGAUCGACUUGAGUUCAAGCGGGCGAUCGAGUACCUCACCGAACCUUCCAUUAUCCCAACUUUCCCCGAUGAGAUCCUCUACGCGCUUACCCUCUCGCAUCUUCCGAGACAUGAUGACAAUCUCGUGAUGGCCUAUUACCUCACGGUCAACCCACCUUUGACUUCUGAAAAAGCCCAACGAGCCUUUAUGGAGACUCUGUCUCGGGCUAGUAUCACGGAGGCCUUUUUCUUUACUCGCAAGCACCAUGAUGCCCUUCGUCAAAUGUAUCUUACACAGCUCAUCGAAUUCGUUCACACAACAGACGCUGGGCAGCUAAGGAGCACACGAGCCAUGGAGCUUAUUGGUCUCCCUUUCGAUGACCAAGAGGAGGAAUGGUUCGAGAAUGCUCUGCUUCGUGGGAAUGCCAAGACAUUACACGGCGCCAAAGACACUGUAAUGAUGCGCCGCCUUGCUACUGGAAAGACCGCGGGGCUUUCUACGGAGCUGGAAUCUUUGGGUGGAAAGAAAAUUGAUGGGUUGAAUUGGGACUUGCUCAAACAAAGUAUAGAGCCCGCCCAAGCGUCGACCAGCAGAUGAGAACUCUAAUAAGUGCAACCUGUUAAAAAAUGAAUGGUCAUGAGAUACCUGUGGUUUGGAGCGGGCGUUACUUGGAAUUAUUGCAUUCUCUUGCAAGCAAUGGAUCAUGUAGUAGAAGGCGCAAGCUGGGUUUGAAAUGUUACCGUUAUUUACCUUUUUUUCUUCCUUCGCAAUUUGGACCAGCUCUUCUUUCUAAGAUGCUUCGCCGUAUAU